GGAGCUGUGGUCUCUGAGCCGGCCCGGCCCGCAGCUUCGGGUGCUCGGGCGGCUGCAGCUCGGGAACUGGUGGCUGGGGAGGGGGGGUGGGGGGCGCCAGGCAGGUGGGGCGCGAAAGCUAUGAAUCUUCGGCUCUUCUUCGUCCUCCGGGACCCGCUCUCCGCCUCCCGCUCCAACGCCCGGAUGAUCUGAGCCGCGAGGGCGCCGAGAGCCGGGGUCCCGGACGCAGCCCGGCUCCUCCCCUCCUCCGCCCCCUCCCCGGCCUGACCUGGACGGCCGCCGCCGCGGUGACCCUCUUCCCGCCCCCUCCCCGGCUGCCGUCGCCGCCGCCGCCUCGGCGGACCAGGGACCUGCCCGCCCUCUGCUGCUCCGGACCUAGAGGAUCAAGACAUAAUGGGAGCAUUUUUAGACAAACCAAAGAUGGAAAAACAUAAUGCCCAGGGGCAGGGUAAUGGGUUGCGAUAUGGGCUAAGCAGCAUGCAAGGCUGGCGAGUUGAAAUGGAGGACGCACAUACGGCUGUGAUCGGUUUGCCAAGUGGACUUGAAACAUGGUCAUUCUUUGCUGUGUAUGAUGGGCAUGCUGGUUCUCAGGUUGCCAAAUACUGCUGUGAGCAUUUGUUAGAUCACAUCACCAAUAACCAGGAUUUUAAAGGGUCUACAGGAGCACCUUCUGUGGAAAAUGUAAAGAAUGGAAUCAGAACAGGUUUUCUGGAGAUUGAUGAACAUAUGAGAGUUAUGUCAGAGAAGAAACAUGGUGCUGAUAGAAGUGGGUCAACAGCUGUGGGUGUCUUAAUUUCUCCUCAACAUACUUAUUUCAUUAACUGUGGAGACUCAAGAGGUUUACUUUGUAGGAACAGGAAAGUUUACUUCUUCACACAAGAUCACAAACCAAGUAAUCCGCUGGAAAAAGAACGAAUUCAGAAUGCAGGUGGUUCUGUAAUGAUUCAACGUGUGAAUGGCUCUCUGGCUGUGUCAAGGGCCCUUGGGGACUUCGAUUACAAAUGUGUCCAUGGAAAAGGUCCUACAGAGCAGCUUGUGUCACCAGAGCCUGAAGUCCAUGAUAUUGAAAGAUCUGAAGAAGAUGAUCAGUUCAUUAUUCUUGCAUGUGAUGGUAUUUGGGAUGUCAUGGGAAAUGAAGAGCUCUGUGAUUUUGUAAGAUCCAGACUUGAAGUCACUGAUGACCUUGAGAAAGUUUGCAAUGAAGUAGUCGACACCUGUUUGUAUAAGGGAAGUCGAGACAACAUGAGUGUGAUAUUGAUCUGUUUUCCAAAUGCACCCAAAGUAUCGCCAGAAGCAGUGACGAAGGAGGCAGAGUUGGACAAGUACCUGGAAAGCAGAGUAGAAGAAAUCAUAAAGAAGCAGGGGGAAGGCGUCCCUGACUUAGUCCAUGUGAUGCGUACAUUAGCGAGUGAGAACAUCCCCAGCCUCCCACCAGGGGGUGAAUUGGCAAGCAAGCGGAAUGUUAUUGAAGCCGUUUACAAUAGACUGAAUCCAUACAAAAAUGAUGACACUGACUCUACUUCAACUGAUGAUAUGUGGUGAAACUGCUCAUCUAGCCAUGGAGUUUACCUUCACCUCCAAAGGAGAGUACAGCUCAACUUCCUUGAACCUUUUAAACAUCCAUCUUCAACUUUAAAGAAGGGCAUGUAUGACAUGGGUGAGAGUGAUUACACCAGAGAACUUCAGCAGUACCACAGCUAGCCCAGAACUGAUUUUUUUUUUUUGUAAAUUUGAGACUUAUGUAAACGUGAUUUCAAACCAUAAUUCAUGUUGUAAAUCAGACUCCAGCAAUUUUUGUUGUAUGAUUUUGUUUUUUGUAAAGUAUAAUUGUCCUUGUAUAAAAUGCUCAUAUUUAAUUAUGAACUGCUUUAAAUCACUAUCAAAGUUAUAAGAAAUGUUUGGCUUGUUGUGUGACGCAACAGAUAUAUAGCCCUUUCAAGUCAUGCUGUGUUUGGACUUGGGGUUGGGACAGGGAGAGCAGCAGCCAUGUCAGCUAGACGCUCAAAUGUGCACGUGAUUAUGGAGAAUUAUUCCAAAAUCUUACAAAGCUGAAUAUCCAGGGAGUUAAUUGAAAACUAGUUUAAUGUUUUUGGCAGUGGGAUUGGCAUUGUCGAUAAAGCUGGUCCCUUCAUUUAACUGUUCUAGGUUCUCUCCUUGUUGCCAUGAGUAUUGCAGGUAAUACAAUAUAUUCAUAAGAAUAUCAAUCUUGGGGCUAAAAUGCCUUGAUUCUUUGCAUCUCUUUUACAAGUCCUUACAUUUAAUUACUAAUUGAUAAGCAGCAGCUUCCUACAAAUAGUAGGAGACUGCCACAUUUUUGCUAUCAUGAUUGGCUGGGCCUGCUGCUGUUCCUAGUAAGAUAUCCUGAAUUCCAUUUUAUCAAUAAAGCUUGAUUUAACAAACAAGAAAUUUAAUCAUGUAUGUGUAAUUCCUCCUUUACUCCGCCCUUAUUUUAAAGCACCAUACCAUUGUAAAUGAGAAUUUUUCUCAUGGGGAAAGAUGUUAGUCUCUUUUAAUUGGAAAAUACUGUAAUUCAAGGCAUAAAUGGAACUGUUUCCCUUCCAUUAGAAAGACUAUAAAAGAUUUAAGUCUCUGUUGUUCUUUGAUCUAUUUUUAAAUGGGUUUCUUUCAGGCUGCUUAUUUUUUCAUUUAGAUGUGUUAUCAGCCUGAAUUUGCCUACUGUUUAGUUAAAAUAAUUGUCAAAGCUUGACAAUCUAACAAUCUAUCGUAGGGGUGUAUGUGUGUUUGUGAGUGUUGUGUGUCUGUGAUUUUUAAUUAGCCCAUGUCUUUAGAAUCCAAAUAGUUAAGAUGUAUUUAGUGAUUUGAAAUAUAGCAUGUUGAUAAUAUUUAGCUGUCGGCCUUUAAAAAUAACUUUAAAAAGCUUAAAGAAUUGUAGAUAUAAAAAUAACCUAAUUUAAUUUAGGCUUAAAUUCCUCUGAUUAAGCAUGUGAAAGUAAGUUUUAAAAUCUGUCACAUUGAAAAGACUCUACUGUUCUGUGCCCUUCUGUAUUUUUGUCUCUUUAGGUUGAAUAUUGUAUUUAAUCACCAUGUAAUUUAAUCAUUCAGUAAGCAGAUUCCCCACAAGAAAACUAUUAAAAUGUAAGAUAUAAAUACAACACUGAAUACAAAAUCAAAACUGUGUAUAAAGGUAGUAUAAUUUUGUUAUAUUUGUUUUUUCCCUAACUUGGAAAUAUACGUAUUUGUAUAUAUAGCCUUAAAACUAAUGUAAAGUUAGGGGAGUAUUGGGAAGAGUAAUGUGAAAUAUCUCAGACUUAAGUAGUUAUAUGCCAGCAAAAUCUUUUCAUUAUCCCUCUUAUUUGGGAGGUGAUUAAAUGUAACUUAAUUGUAUUUAAUUUAUAUCUUAAUCCGGCAUGAAGAAAAACAAGUGCUAUUUAUAUUUAGAAAUUCAUAACAGUUGGAAUUACAGAACCAAUUCCGUACUUAACUUACAAAUAAAUGCUUAAUGUCUAAAUCUGUGGUAGAGUGCGAAGUAUGAUAAUGUUCUAAGUUAUGACUGUAAGCAUCUAAAUGUACAUUUAAUGAAUACCAGUGCUUCUAGUAUAGAUUACCAGUACUGAAAACUAAAUUCUUAUUAUAAUUCCUUAAUUUUUUAAGUAGACUAAAGUUUUUAGUUCUGGAAAUUACAAAAACUUGAACUGGAUUUUGAGAUGCAAAAUCUUAAAUCGUAAGUAAAAUAUGUGAUGGAAAGCUAUAUUUCAAACCAUAGUAGCAUAUUUAGAGACUUUUUAAUUUGAGGGUCUUUAAAAAAGAGGAGGUUAAAAUAUUCCUCUGUUAAAAUGUUAAAAUUAUUAGUACUGAAAUUAGGCCUGGAAGUGAGAGAAAACUGUAAGUGUGACCAAAGAAGACUAAAUCUUUUCCACAUGAGUCAACAUUGCCAUACUAGAUAGAAUUUUUAAUUAUAAAAGUACAGGAAGGAAGUAUACAUUAUAAUGGCAAACUAUGUGUGUUCUUGAUUCCUGGGGCUAAUGGUGGUGGUGGGGAACCAGCCACACUUUAAAAGGCACUUUUGCACCUCUCUUGUGCACUUCAUUUUUGUACCACUUAAAUUCUUGACCUCCCACCCCAUUUUGUGUGCUAAUUAGCAUCUCAGGGCAAUGCCUCAAUUUUUUGAUAUGUUGUAUGUUAUUUUCUUUGGAGGGUAAAAGUUCUUGUGUGAUGAUAACAUACUAUUCAAAUGUACUUUCAUUUAAAUGUUUUAACAGGAUGAACCCACUUUGCUGCUUUUAAUAGGAAAUUCAUUUUGUAUAGCAGAUUCUUGUUGCCCUAACAAUUUCACUGAUCUCUUAUUGUUUUAGCAAGGUAAGCUCUCUUAAUUUCCACUUUCUUAGGGAAUAUACUUUUACAGAAACAGUUCUCAGUAUUAGCAUUAACUUUAAAAAAUCUAAGUGGUAUUUUUCUUAUUCAGCUUUAGAACCGUUUCAAACUUAUUUUUAAUUAUGAUGCAUUAACUUGUUUCUAGAGUUCUAUGCAAUUAGUGUACUGCUCCAGCCACUCUUUUUUUUUUUUUUUUUUUCUGCGGACCUCUCACUGCUGUGGCCUCUCCCGCCGCAGAGCACAGGCUCCUCCGGACGCGCAGGCUCAGCGGCCAUGGCUCACGGGCCCAGCCGCUCCGCGGCACGUGGGAUCCCCCCGGACCGGGGCACGAACCCGUGUCCCCUGCAUCGGCAGGCGGACUCCCAAUCACUGCGCCACCAGGGAAGCCCCCAGCCACUUUUUUUUUUUACUAACUUCAUAAAAUUAAGAAAUUUAGAGUAAAGAAUAAAUCAACUAUGUAAUUCAAAUAAUCUGAAUUAUAAUAGUACUUUUAGUGAUCAUUUGACCAUAUAUUAAUCCAGCUAGUAACUCACCUUUUCUACAAAAUAUAUAAAGUGUUAUUACAAAACACUGUUUUAGGGUAAGCACCUUGGAACUAUAAAGAAAUGAAUAGGUCCUUGCUCUCAAGGAGUUUACAUUUGAAUAGAAUUUAUAAUCUAAUGUAUGUUAAUAUUAUAACUGGAUCACUCAUCCAAAAAAGUUACUGCUCACCUGCUGUCUGCCCCAUACUUUCCUGAACAAGGCGGGUCUCUGCCCUAAAGAACUCAUUUGCAGUUCCUUUAGUCACUUGAAAACUCUUUCUUCUGUUUUAUUCUUCUCAAAGUUAAAAAUCGCAUUCAAAAGAAAAUUUUGCUUUGCAUAAGAAUAAAAUUGGACUGAUGAGCCUUAAGUCUGUUCAGUAUGCUUGAUUGCCUUUCACGAAUGGCUUAUAUUCUUCCAGCUGACAGCAGUAAAUCAGAGAAAUAAGGUAAUGUAUUGAAUAUUUCUUAGAAUUCUCCAACCCUGGAAAUACUGGUGGAAUUUAACGCAUUUAAAAACAUAUAUCUAGGACUUCCCUGGCGGUCCAGUGGUUAAAACUCUGCACUUCCAAUGCAGGGGACUCAGGUUCAGUCCCUGGUUGGGUAACUAAGAUCCCACAUGCUGCGUGGUGUGGACAAAAAAUAAAGUAAGAACAUGUAUCUAGCUAAAUUUAUCUUAUUUAACCAAAAGUGUGUAUUUUCUUGAAAAAACAAUGCCAAUGUUAAUAUCCAAUUUUAGCUAAGUGAUUACUGUGUUUUAAUUUUUUUAAAUAAUUUUACUGACCAUCUUUACUGGACAAAUUAAUAUGGAAAUUCAGUUUGCAGUUUCUGAAAGAACUGAUGAAACUGGUUACAGGGUUUUAUUUUGUUUUAAUUUUGAAUUUCAUGGUGUAUACUUUUAAUUCAUAAAGUUUGAAUGAGAGGUUUAAACCUUUAAUGUUUUGAUUGCCAUUUGUACAGUAUUAUGUUAGGAUUUGGUAUUAGAAAAUAUGUAAAUAUUUCAGUAUAUAAAAUGUUUCUCAUUUGAGUUUUUUCUUCAAAGAAAACUUCCAGAGUUUCAUAUACUUUUGCUUACAAAUACUGCUGAUGAGAUGACCGUUUUUUAAUUAAGUGAUCUAGUCUUCUGAUUAAGUUUUUCUUUUAGGCGUUAGAAAGACUUCUUUAUACUUUAAAAUUUUAGAAGCUUAAUUUUACUUCUUUCUAUAACAUGCUAUGAAUUUGGGGUUGUAUUUGUUUUAAAUUUUAUAUACAAUACUUCAGAAUAUGCUUGAAAGAUUUAAGAAUAUAUUUCUAAAUGUUAUGAGUAUAAUAGUGUGUUGUUUUGUUGGUCAGAAUAGUUAAAUGUCAGUUAAGUGUCAGUUAUUACUAAUAGAAUGCUACACAGAGAUGAUGAAAGGCAUUUGGUUCCACUUUUGUUUCCUAUGACACAGAUUCUUUCCCUUUUUCCUGUUUUAUAUAUUUAGUGGCCUCUGCUCUCAUGGUUUCCUAAUUAUAUUACCAGUGGGUAGGAGUGUGCCAGUUAGAAACACUCAGAUGUAUUAAAAUUGAAAUCGUAGUUGACAACUUAUACUUUUAUAAGAUGGUGGGGAUGGGGUGGGGAAGGUUGUUUAACUUGAUGUAACAACAGAGUGACAUUUUUUCUCCCUUAUCCUGCAGGAAAUGUUGCUUCAUUUCCUCUACUACCCUCUUGGUGGCUUCUCUUUUUUCAAACCAAAACAGGCCAAUUCCAUUUUCUUGAGCAAGAAAGCUUAGUGCAUUACCUCACCAAGGCCAAUUAAUACUAUGUAAACCUGGGCCAAAAAUAGGAAAACGUGGGAAAUGAAGGGUUGGGAAGAUGCCAGUGAGGAGGACAGAGGAAGAGUACUCUUAAUUAUUUAAAAAGCCAUAGGAAGGUCUUCCUUGGACCUAGCUGUAUAUUAUUAAGAACUGUUGCAUCACAUAAACCAGCAAGAACCAGCCUUUGCUUCUGCAGAUAAUUUGAUUUUCCCAGCAAGGCAGAUAAUGAUAAAAAAUUACUGCUUCCCCAACAUAGAAACAACUGAGAAAAAUAAAUGCAAUGUUUCGUCACCACAAAACCCAAUCCUUCAGUUCUUUUCAUUGUUUCAAAAACCCAGUUUUCUAUAAUAGCUUUCUCGUUGAAUUAAAUGUUUAGAAAAAUUAUUUAGAAUUUUUCUUUCUUUUUACAUUGUCCUCCUGAUCCAGUAAAGGACAUUUAGUAACAUUUGCAUUUCUAUGGUACUAUUUGAAGUUAGAUUUGUGUAAGAGAUUGGGUAGCUGCAGAACACAGUUAGUACUAUCUUAAUUAGGUAUAAUGAAUGGCACAAAUUCAUUGCAGCAAUACUUCUUAACCUUUCAGGGUCACAGGGCCUUUGAGACUGAAUAAUCCUAGGAAUUUGGCACCCAGGAAAAUGCAUAUAAUGUACAUACCUCCCCAGAGUUUACAGUACUUCAGUGGUUCAUGGGCCCCUGGUUAAGAUCCUAUACUACAGCAUAACAGAGCCUCAACACUUUUCCAUCAAAGCCCAUAAAAGAUAUUAAUACAUCAAGGACGUCAAAAUAAUUUGAGUCUAUUUUAAGGAAUCGGUUUUUUUUUAAAGAUAGAGUAGGUAGAUGGGUGUCUAGGUAGAAUCUGAUAUUAAAAUGUCCUUUUUAAAAUUCGUAUCUAGGGGGGGAAGAGAAUGAUUAGUAUUUGCACUAGUUUUGGAGGAUAACAUCAUUUCUAAAUUUGCCACUUUUGAAUCUCAAAAAAAAAGAUGUAAAAUGGAAAUGUUCAUGGAACAUUUCUGACCUGCAUAGUAUAGAUUUAAUAUAUUCACAAACAGCACAUUUGACUUGUCAGAUCUCACUCAGGUUUUAAGAUUUUGAGCUUCCUCGUGUCAGAGUUUAUUAAAUGUUUAGUUCACUUCAAGUUAUGAGAGGAAUUAGGUGUUUACUGAUAAAUAAUGUUAAAGUAGGAUCUAACAUACAUACAGUCACCAAUGUACAGGACUGAGAUUUCUCUUAAACAUAACCACCAUGAAAAAAUUGAUUAGCUUGUUGCAUUUGUUGCCAAAAUUGGAUGUUCGGUUACAGCAUAUUUAAUUCCCAUUUGUGGGAAUUUUGAAAUGUAAAGACUGUUGUCUUACCUGGUUAGCCCUGAACUAAGUCAACAGCAUAUCUGCAGGAAAAUAUCUUAUUUAUAGUAAUAUGCCUGAAUACUGCUUGGUUUCACUCUUGAAAUGAUUUAUUUCAAUUAAUUUGUAUAAACGUUAUGAGUGGAGAGAUCAUCUACAUGUUAAAAGCACUAUAUAUCCAUUUUUCAAAAUCCAUACAUGUAAAACUAAUACAAUUACAGAAGUAUUUCCUAAACACAGUGUUUAACAAAAUUCUCCACAGUAAUUCACCUACUGUUUGCAGUUUAUGUGAUCCAAACUCUUAAAGAAAUUCCAUAAAUGUGUAUGUUGUAUUAUGUAUCAUUUUCUUGUCAAAAGAAAGUAUGUGAAUUCAGUUCUAACUUUAAGAAUGUACUUUUUGUUUUCAAGUCCACUGAAGAAAUUGCAUUCAAUCUGUGAGUGGUUGCAGAUUGUAUGAAAUGAAAAGUAGAAAUAAUUCUAGCUCGCGAAACUGGUGCCACUAAAUAAACAGGCAAUUGCAUAAUG